AGUGGUAUUCCCGAAAUCAAAACUAUUCUUGGCGGGUUUAUCAUUCGUGGCUAUCUUGGCAAGUGGACGCUGUUGAUCAAAUCCGUCGGUAUGAUCCUCGGGGUGGCUGCCGGUCUGAGCCUUGGUAAAGAGGGUCCAAUGGUUCACAUGGCUUCCUGUGUAGGCAACAUUUUGGCUUACCUCUUCCCGAAGUAUGGUCGAAACGAAGCAAAAAAGCGAGAGAUACUUUCCGCCGCGGCUGCGGCUGGUGUGGCCGUCGCUUUUGGUGCUCCAAUCGGUGGCGUAUUGUUCUCAUUGGAAGAAGCGAGCUAUUAUUUCCCCAUGAAAACAAUGUUUCGUUCCUUCUUCUGUGCAAUGGUCUCAGCCAAUGUGCUCCGGCUACUCAAUCCGUUUGGUAGCGAUCAUGCAAUCAUGUUCUAUGUAGAUUACAAGGCCCAAUGGCACGUCAUGGAACUCUUCCCGUUCGCUUUGCUUGGCAUGCUCGGGGGCAUUUUUGGAACAAUCUUCAACCGGGCUAACCUGUACAUAUGUCGAUUGAGAAAAUCCACAUGGCUUGGGCGAUAUCCUGUUCGUGAAGUACUUGUUGUGGCUAUGGCAACUGCUCUCGUAUCCUUCCCACAUACCUACUUGCGAAUGAAUACAAGCUCACUCAUUCGUCUCUUAGUUAGCCAAUGCAGUCCGGGUGACGAUUGGUCAAUUUGUGACUAUCGGGUAAAUACGAGUGAUCCAGUGGGAAAAGUGCUCGGCAUCUAUCCGGCAGGCCCUACAAUGUCCUCCGCAAUGGUUUUGCUUGCCACCGCCCUUGUGCUUAAACUCUUCAUGACCGUAUUCACAUUUGGUAUCAAAGUUCCAACCGGUCUGUUCAUCCCAUCUCUAGCGGCUGGAGCUAUCAUGGGUCGUAUGCUCGGUGUUGCCAUUGAACAGGUUGUUGUCGCUCAUGCCACGCAUCCUUUUGUGGCUCGAAUGUGNCAAAUCAUCACAACCGUGCAUCAAUCCGGGGCUGUAUGCCAUGCGUCCAUGGUAAGCAAGUGGACUGGCGAUCGGCUCACAAAUGGCAGUAUUUACGAAGAGCAUAUUCGCCUAAACGACUAUCCCUAUCUGGGUGGGCAUGACGAAUUGGAACACAUGUGGAUUGCAGCUGACGUAAUGCAGCCCAGCGAUCCAGAUUCGCCUCUCUAUGUCAUCACGCGAGACGGAAUGACAGUAGCCGACUUGGAAGCUCUCCUGCACUCCUCAGAUGUUAAGGGUUUUCCUGUCGUCGUGUCUCAACAGUCCCCAUACUUAGUCGGGUGGGUCACACGAAGGGAUUUGCGCUGGGCUUUGGACCGAGACCGACAGCUUGACCUUUCGAUAACGGAUGACUCGCCUGUCUACUUCACGGAUUAUUCGCAUGAUUUUCAAUUGGAAAACAACGGUCUAACGCCAGUGGGUCUUAAGAAUAUUGUUGAUCUGUCGCCAACAACAGUCACUGAUCAAACUCCGAUGGAAACAGUUCUGGACUUUUUCCGAAAACUUGGCCUUCGUCAGCUGCUAGUAACUCACAACGGGUAA